AUGUCUUCCCAAUCCAGACGCGCGUCAACUCUCUACCAGUGCACCAUUCCCACCCCGCAAAGCAAGGUUUUCGCUCCACCCUCUGCAGCCCGACUCAACAACUCUACACGCGACCCCAUCCAAUUGCUCUUGGAACCUAUCUGUGCUUUCGAUACAACUACUCCACCACCUGGCUCGAUCCAACACACCAAUACGCAACUGCCUCAUCCCGAAAUGUCAAAGCAGCCCGCCGGCUCGAAGCUCGGGCAGAGUGUGACUCCCAAAACACCGAGGAAAGCGAAGAAGGCUGUUAGUUUUGAAGCGGCGUCUGCGAGUGCGAACGACGAAUCCAGUGCCUCUGAUGCUGCCGCGCCCGUCGAAGAGCAGGAAGGAGGACCUCCAGAUGAGGACGAGUCGGAAUCAGAAGAGGCCGCUCCUACCCCGAAACCCAGGAAGGGCGCAAAAGCCGCUACCCCGAAGAAGCCCAGGAAGACCGCAGCACCCAAGGAACCCGCCGCCACGGAGCCAAAGGCCAAGCCAAAAAAGCCGCCCGUCGGAGAAGGCUUCGAUUCUUACACCCAUAGUAUUGUCAUUCCUCCGACGGACCAAUGGAGCAAGUUCUGGGGUGCAAAGCCUGUGUCAGGUGAUCCUCGGCCCAGUCCCAAGCAGCCUUCUGCCCGCGAGAGCAUGGGUCAGACAGAGCCUCCCAUGUGGGAGAAUCGUGGCUUCCGGUACAAGCGCGGUUCGCGCGACACAAAGCACAAUUUCCAGGUUGAGCCGGACAACAUUGAUCAGCUCCCUCAGGAUAAGAACCAAGAAGACUUACUUGCCAUCCCACUCAUGGACAUGCGGUUGAAGGAUAAGAACGAACCUACAUCCCACAAGAGAGAGCCGGUCAUCUACUGCUAUAACAAGGUACCAAAAGACUGGAAUGACAAGCAAACCGUCAAGGCUCUUAACGACCGCCGUUACCAGGGUAUUGAUCGCGUGACCAUUGAUCCACCGUGGUCGGAAAUCGAGCGAGAAUAUCUGGCUUCCCUCAUGCGGGACAAUCCCGACGCAUCCAUUUGGGAGUUGACUGAGCUCCACAACGAUCGCUUCAAGGGCAAGGACUUCAGGGAAGCCACUCCUUUCGGGAAACUCUCUGAUGGUCGGACAGUAGAGAGCACUCGCUACCAGUACACAUCGUACAAACCAUGCUACGAUCGUGGCGAAGACCCACCGAAUGUAAGAUGGCGCGGCGACCCUUCGCCUGAAGCCAAGGCACUCGAAGCGUCGGGGCGCUUGGUGGCCGCCUUUGGGAAGCCGGACAAGGCUCUACUAAAGGAGUACGACAACACCCACGACGGCAACGAUGGCGACGACGAGGGUGGUAAGCCUAAGAAGCCAGCCAAGAAGAAGCCGUUGAACAAGAAGAAGUCACAGGCUGCCGUGGAGGAAUCGGAAAGUGAAGAUGGGUUCGGUAGCCCUCUGGUACGCAAGCGCCGUGGUUCGGAAGACUCUCAAGACCAAGAGCGGUCUGCUAAGAAGUCGAAGACCGAAAAGUUUCCUCCAUAUGCUGAGCAGCCCGCGCUUGACGAGGAAGAAGAGGAUCUCCUAGUCCUGGCCGGCGCCUACGAGGAUAACGAUGGUGAUGAAUCUUCAUCGGUGAUAUUUGAAGACGACGAUGCUGAGCAAGACGAAGAGAUGGGGGAGGAAGACUAUGACGACGCCGAACAGCAGAUGGUCUCAGCCGCGCUCGAAGACUCCGCAGCUGAGGCUGCUCAAGGUCGUCUAAUCGAACAAACUGCAGUCGAGCAGACUACGAUAAUUGAAGAGACGCAUGCUACUCGUCAGAUCGUGGUUGACGAGAACUAUAGCGACGAGGAAGAGGCAGAGUAG